CAGUUCUAACAAUGGCGCUAGAAGAUGGAGAGAAACCAGGGUCUAGUUGCUUGGUGGUGAUGAGAAAGCCAAAGGAUUGUACCAUUCUGUUGCUGAGAGUGGUUGCCUUCUUGGCCACGCUUUCCGCAACUCUUGUAAUGGCACUUAACAAAGAAACCAAGACCUUGGUUGUUGCUACUAUUGGUACUACUCCAGUAAAAGCCACUCUCACAGCCAAGUUUCAACACAAUCCAGCAAAUGUGUACUUUGUUGUAGCUAAUGGAAUGGCCAGCCUUCACAACUUGCUGAUGAUAAUAGUGCAGAUUUUCGGUGACAAGUUCAAGGACAAGGGUCUUCGCCUUGUGAUGAUGGCCAUUUUAGACAUGAUGACUGUGGCGCUGGCAUCUUCUGGUGAUGGUGCAGCUACCUUCAUGGCACAGCUAGGGAAGAAAGGAAACUCCCACGCUCAAUGGAACAAAAUCUGUGACAAGUUUGGCAAGUUCUGCGACCAUGGUGGUGGUGCUCUCAUUGCUUCUUAUAUUGGGCUGCUUCUCUUGGUGGUUAUCACAGUGUUGUCCAUCAUCAAGCUACUGAAAACGAAAUAGAGCAUUCCGAUGCUAUAGUCCCUUUUCAUGAAAACUUGUUGAUUGAUUUGUGUUUUGAUGUUUGAUAUAUUUAUGUGUUUGUUGUUCUGGAGUGAUAUCCACAAACGCACAAUCACAGAAGAAGGUGGUUAUUACUUGUUCAAUGUGUAGGAUGAAGUCAUGACAUGAACUUGUGUAAUACUGGUAAAAAUGUUACAUACAAU